AUGCGGACAUUGAACGCUUGUCCAAACGUCGGAUCCAAGGAAAAUGAAUAUUGUGGCAAUAACGGAACGCGUGGCUCCCGGAAAUAUGCCAUAACGGCCACAUUGGAUUGGAACUACGAUACGGAUGAGACCACAACUUUGGAGGCUGUGUCCUAUCGCAGCACUUCGGGCAACCCCGAUGAAUAUGUUCUACUGCCGUGGUCUAUACCAAAGCAGUCGUAUAAAAAGUAUACCGCUUUCUACUACAAAGACAUAACUUUUAAAAAUCUCGGCCACUGCUCGAAUCUACCACAGCCCGACACCGUUGAUCCCUGGCCCAGAAGCAUCUACAAACUGGGGAAGUGUGUGAUCAGUGGCGAGGGUAUGCCCGAAAUAGCAUCCGAGGGCUAUUACAAGAUCAUAUUCAGGAUGACCGGCGUGCUGGACUGGAGCAUUGAGUUGAUAGCCAAGUUAAGCACGAAACAAAAUGUCUUUGAUUGAGAGAAAAAGGUGAAGUCAAGUGAAAAGUUAAUUGAAAAUUAGUAGUUUGGUAAAUAAAAGAGGCCAAUAUUUAGAUGCAAAAGCAACAGGAAUAAAG